CCUGCUGCUACUGCUGCUAUUCCUGCUGCUCCUGCUGCUGCUGCUGCUCCUGCUGCUGCUCCUCCUGCUGCAGAGGCAGCCCCCUCUGUCUCCGCAGAGGCCUGCGCCGGGGCCCAGGCUGGGGACCCCGAGAGGAUCCUCUCGCUUCCAGGCCGCGACGACGACGCGAUGGCCCCGGCGAGCACCAUGAGCACGAGCAGCCGCGACGGCGCCGUGCUGCUGCGCAUGGAGCCGAGCGGGCCCGGCUCGGAGCCGCCCCUCACGGUGCACGCCCUGCUGGAGCGCGCCGCCCGCCGCCACGGGGAGCGCCUGGCGCUGGCCGCCAACGCCACGGACGGCGGCGACGGCGCCGCUCGCCGGCGCACGUUGUCCUGGGAGCGCUACUACCGCGAGUGUCGCCACGCCGCCAAGGCCUUCCUGCAGGUUGGCCUCGAGCGGUUCCACGGCGUGGGGAUCCUUGGCUUCAACUCAGUCGAGUGGUUCGUGGCAAACAUCGGCGCCAUCUUGGCUGGCGGGCUGGCGGUGGGCAUCUACACGACCAACUCAGCGGAGACGUGCCAGUACGUGGCGAGCGAUUGCCAGGCCAACGUCAUCGUGGUGGACAACGGCAAACAGCUGCAGAAGAUCCUGCAGAUCAGACCUCAGCUGCCGCACCUGAAGGCGAUCGUGGUGUACCGGGACACCGUCCCGGAAGGCUCCCAUGGCGUGUACAACUGGCUGGACUUCAUGAAGCUGGGGGACGAGGUGUCGGACGAGCGGCUGGACGCGGUGAUUGCGGAGCAGCGUGCGAACCAGUGCUGCUCGCUCAUCUUCACAUCGGGCACCACGGGGCCUCCCAAGGGGGUCAUGCUGAGCCACGACAACCUCACGUGGACGUCGCGCGUGGCGAGCGAAAUGACGGGCUUCACGCCGGACGACGUCACGGUGAGCUACCUGCCGCUGAGCCACGUGGCGGCACAGAUGCUGGACCUGUGGGUGCCCAUGCAGCAGGGUGGCGCCGUCUACUUCGCACAGCCUGACGCGCUCAAGGGCUCGCUGGUGGCCACGCUGAAGGAGGUGCAGCCCACGGUGUUCCUGGGCGUGCCGCGCGUCUGGGAGAAGAUGAUGGAGGCGAUGCGCGCCACGGGGGCGCAGGCCGGAGUCGUCAGGCGCGCCAUCUCCGCCUGGGCCCGCGGCAUCGGCCUGGAGGCCAACCGCAACGCCAUGAAGGGCGAGGGCUCGUCGCCUUGGGGCUACGGGCUGGCGAGCGCGCUGGUGUUCCGCAGGGUGCGCGCGGCGCUGGGGCUGGGGCGCUGCGGGCGGCUCUAUGUGGGCGCGGCGCCGGCCUCGCGGGAGACCCUCGAGUUCUUCCUCAGCCUCGACAUGGCCGUGCUCGAGCUGUACGGCAUGAGCGAGAGCUCGGGGCCCCACACGAUCUCCACGGCGACAGCCUGCCGCCUCACCAGCUGCGGCAAGUCAAUGUUCGGCUGCCGCACGCGGCUCGCCUUGCCGGACGCGGAGGGGUGCGGCGAGCUCUGCUUCUGGGGGCGGAACGUCUUCAUGGGCUACCUGGGCCUUGAGGCGAUGACGCACGACGCCCUGGACCCCGAAGGCUGGCUCCACUCGGGUGACCUGGGCCGGAUCGACGAGGAAGGCUUCGUCUUCAUCACCGGCCGCCUCAAAGAGCUCAUCAUCACGGCGGGUGGCGAGAACGUGGCGCCCGUGCCCAUUGAGGAUGCGGUGAAGGAGGCGCUGCCGAUCGUCUCCUUCGCCAUGGUGAUCGGAGAUAAGCGAAAGUUCCUCUCCAUGCUGCUCACGCUCAAGUGCUCGGCGGACCCCGACACGGGAGAGCCGGGGGACCAGCUGAGCCCCGAGGCCGUGCGGUUCUGCCGCUCGGCGGGGAGCAGCGCCACCCUCGCCUCGCAGGUGGCACCCGAGCUGGGUGGCCGUGGCAGUGCCGGUGACGCGGCAGUGCUGGCCGCCAUCCAGCAGGGGAUAGAGCGUGUCAACCGCGCCGCCAUCUCCAACGCCCAGCGCGUGCAGAAGUGGGCCGUCAUCCCUCACGACUUCACUGUCUCCGGGGGGGAACUCGGCCCCACCAUGAAGCUCAAGCGGCCGGUGGUGCUGAGGCUCUACCAGGAGGUGGUGGACGCAUUCUACGCGGAGGCCACAUAGGUGGCCACGGGACAGCGGCAGGCGACUAGCGUGCCCCCCUCCGCUGCUGGAUGGCGCCCUCCCAGCGUGUCUCCUCUCUCUCUCUCCCCUCAACGUGGGGGAGGGAGGGGGGGGGGGCUGGGAAUCUUCACCUCCCCCGGCCCCCGGCACGAGCGUCAACGUGCUCCAGACACCGUUCGCGAGUUCGCACAGAAAACCAAAGAACCGCUCUCAAACCAAAACUUUAUUCACCCAAGUGACCUCCCCCCUUCUCCUCCUCCUCCCCCCCCUCCUCCUGCUCCAACACCGCUUUUCCAUUGGCACCAUCCGAGCCGAGCCGGAGCCAAACCGCAAUACUCCAUCAGUCUGUGUUGGGGGACAAGCAGGGCCAGGGGGCAGGGAUAGCGACGCGUUGGCCGUGCGGGCGACGCGGUGAGCGCACCGUCACGGCGUCACCGCGGUACCGACCGCGUCACGGGCGCGCGUCUCGUUCGCCGCGCGCCCGUGCCGUCUGCGGCAUGGCACGGCCCGGCACGGCCCGGCACGGCCCGGCACGGCCCGGCACGGUUUCUUGCGUUGGUUAAACAACGCCGGCUCCACCUGAGCAGCGCCGGCUCGGAUGCGCGGGGGGAAGAUGCUGCGUUAGGGGAAGCCUCGCCAGGGCCGCUUGGUGCUAAGCGACGUUUCUCGUCGCUAGGGGAGGGCGGCAGUCGUGGCUCUUGUCCGGGAAUGUUUUGUCAUUUCGUUGUUGUUACAAAGCGCUCGUGCCACGACUGCGGAGAGUCUCGCCUAGAGGGGGUCGGCGGAUCGCGUCCGGGAUGGGGUAAGAAAGCGAAAGGCGCGGCCCCACGGCGGAAUGUCGCCCGUGCCACUGCUGGCCGGAAAGGGGGCCCCUCCGCUCGAGGGAGAACCCCUCCUGACCAGAGGGUUGUUCUUGGCCUACUCCUCCACGCUGGCCGGCACGUCUCGGGGGAGUCGCCCAUGCUUUCGUCCACCGCGUGCGCGACCCGCCGAUCGACUCGAGCGCGGUGAAGCCGUAUCCACCGCUGGGUGGACAGCGCUGGAAGCUCAGGAUGCACCUUCGGUUCACAAUCAAAGCUGAAAUUGUAUUGGUCAGGCUCAACUUAUAGUCGGGGUCAUAUUAUAGUCGGGGUCAACUUAUAGUCGGGGUCAUAUUAUAGUCGGGGUCAACUUAUAGUCGGGGUCAACUUAUAGUCGGGGUCAUUAUAGUCAGGGUCAUAUUAUAGUCGAGGUCAGCUCAUGGUCACGGUGAACUUUCGCAAUUCCAUUUUUUAGGUUCCUGGGUGAGGAUUGAUAAUUCCUCGGGGUUUGCGGGAGCAUAACCAAGACAAAGAUCCCCCGUGUAGCCUUUACAGACUCGUGGGGCAAUUAGUCCAGAACGGCACCAGAGAGGGGUGGUUGGGCAGCACCACGCGUGGGGCCGCCUUCAGUGGUGAUGUUGUUUACUUCACACUGCUCCAGGUACUUAUUUGAGGCUGAAUCAACCUAGGGGAAGCCCAGGACCGCUUCAAGUGUGCACCAACGUUACCGGCCGUAGAGUCUUGAGGUGUUGCCCGGCGAGUCUGCGGCGAGUCUGCGGUGAGUCGACGCGGUCCGCCGUUAACCUCGUCGCCAAAGAUUGGACCGUGUCGCUCUUCCUUGCCUCCAAAUUAUAUCGGCGGCGGCGGCGGCGGCGGUGGCGACUGUGUUUGGCGGUGGACAAACGCGAUCACCGCGUCGCUACCAACGCCGCGUGUGUGCGCGUUGCCUUCAAAAUUAAAAAAUUACGUUUUCGGGCUA